AUGUAUCUUCAAGAUUGCCAAGAUCUGCUGCAUCCUCGAACUGGCAGAUCUGACUGUCCACACUUAAAAGCGUACUGCAACGUUCCUGCAUAUUACAACCUUAUGACGCAGCAAUGUCCGAAAACGUGUGGAAGAUGUAAAGAGGCCGCCACAGCAUCCCCAGGAUGCCAAGAUCUGGUGAAUCCCAAAACUGGCAGAUCAGACUGUUACAAACUGAUCUAUUACUGCAAUUACCCCGGAUACGUGGAGCUGAUGAAACAGCAGUGUCCGAAGACAUGCAGAUACUGUAAUUAG